AUGGUGAAUGCAGCAAGUGGUGGAGGGCUAGUGAAUAAGACUCCAGGAGAUGCAACUAGGCUGAUUGCAGAGCUAGCAGAGAAUUCUAGGCAGUUCAGUCAGAGAACUCCCACGCGCCGGGUGAAUGCAGCAAAUUCAAAUACAACUGAGUUAGAGAGUCAAGUAGCUGAUUUGACUUCUAUGAUGCGUGAGUUCAUGGUGAACUCAAGGAAUCCACAGCAACUGAAUGCUUGUGGUUUAUGCACCUCCACAGGACAUCCCACUGAUACAUGUCCUCAAUUACAAGAGGAGCAGAAUGAGCAGGCCAACGCCUUAGGUUUUCAAGGGCAAGGUCCGCAAAGAAGAUAUGAUCCCUUUUCAAAUACCUACAACCCAGGAUGGAGAGAUCAUCCAAAUUUGAGAUAUGGGAAUUCCCAAGGAAACCAACAACAUCAGCAUGCUCAAGGUCAACAACAGUUUCAGCAAUAUAGGGCACCGUUCCUAACACCUCAAGGCCAAAGCUCUAAUUCAGGUAAUAUGUCAACUGAAGAAAUGAUUAGAUCACUAACUUCUAAUGUUUCUACCAUGCAGCAGAAUAUGAUGCAGUUUCAACAAGAAACCAGAUCAAGUAUUCAAAACCUGGAGAAUCAAGUCAGUCAAAUCUCAAGUGCAGUAAGCCGACUUGAAGCUAAGGACUCUGGAAAGCUUCCAUCCCAAACGGAGCUGAACCCUAAGCAACAAGUUAAUGCAAUAACAUUGAGAAGUGGCAAAAAGUUGCAAGAAACUGUAGUUGCACCUAAGAAGGCUAAAGACUUGAUUGGAGUUGAGGAGGAGGAAGUAGAACAAGAAACUAAGGCGAAUCCUCCAACCUUUACCUCUUAUGAGCCUGUGCCACCUUUCCCAGAAGCCUUGCAAGAUACUCGAAGGUAUGAGAAAGACAAGGAUAUUUAUGAGACUUUCAGCAAAUGUGAGGUAAAUAUGCCCCUCUUGAAUGUGAUUAAAAGUGUUCCUCGUUUUGCUAAGUUUAUGAAGGAACUGUGUACGAUCAAGAGAAAGCACAGGUUGAGAGGAAAAGAAAAAGUAAAGGUGAGUGCUCAUGUUUCUGCGGUUUUCCAAAAGAAAAUCCCAGAAAAAUGUGGUGAUCCUGGUAUGUUUAUUGUUCCUAUUACAAUAGGAGACACCACAUUGCACCGAGCUAUGUUGGACCUAGGUGCAUCAAUCAAUGUCAUUCCCUACUCCCUGUUUAAAUCUUUAAAACUUGGACCUUUACAUGGAACUGGGGUAGUGAUUUAG